AUGAAUUAAAGGAGAGAAAUAAAACUCCAGAAGCUCAAAUAUGGUAACCAUUACGGCUUCUCAUAUUGUCCUUCCGAGUCAAUCAACUCCACAGUGUCAUUUAUGGCUGUCUGAUAUGGACCAAGUGGUGCGUCAACGGCACACACCCCUUGUCUACAUCUUUAAAGCAAAACAUGACCAGGAUCACAUAGAGAGGAUGAAGGACUCUCUUAGCAAGAUUCUAGUUCACUACUAUCCCGUUGCUGGCCGUUUGAGCUUAGCUGAAAAUGGUCGAGUGGAAAUCAAUUGUAACACCAAAGGGGCCAUAUUGCUUGAAGCUGAAACAACAAAAACAAUGGCUGAUUUUGGAGACUUUUCACCCUCUGACUACACCAAACAACUUGUUCCUACAAUUGAUUACACUCAGCCUGUUGGGGAGCUUCCCCUGUUAGUGGUGCAGCUUACACGAUUCAAUGGUGAUGAUGAGGGCCUUGCUGUUGGGGUUGCUUGGUUCCACCUUUUGUCUGAUGGGCUUGGUUGCACUCGUUUCAUCAACUCCUGGGCGAAGAUAGCACGAGGGGACAUACUAGAGCCCCAUGAAAUGCCCUUUUUAGAUCGAACAUUACUCAAAUUCUCACACCCCCCUUUGGCACCACGUUUUGAACAUGAAGAGUUGAAGCCUCUUCCACUUAUUUAUGGAAGCUCUGAUUGUAGUGUUGAAAGAAAUAAAACGGUAAUUACAACAUUGUUAAGACUCACGCCACUACAAGUAGAGAAGUUGAAGAAGCAGGCCAAUGGUGAUGUCCCAAAAGGGUCAAGACCUUAUAGCAGAUUUGAAGUUAUUGGUGCACAUAUAUGGAGAUGUGCAUCUAAGGCUCGUCACCUUGAUCAGAAUCAACCAACUGUGGUUAGGUUCAAUGCUGAAAAUCGCAAUAGAAUGGUUCCACCUCUACCUCGUAAUUACUUUGGGAAUGCUCUAACACAAACAGAAGCAACAUGUAAUAUUGGGGAAAUAACAUCAAAGCCAUUGAGUCAUGUUGCACACAAGAUAAGGGAAGCAAUUGGGGUGGUGAAUGAUGAGUUCAUAAGGUCACAGAUUGAUGUUAUAAGGUGUCAGAACCAUUUGGAUGAUGCAAGGGCUUUGUUUUUAGGUGGUGAAGGUAAGAAUGCCCACUUUGGUGGGAAUCCUAAUCUUCAUCUCACAAGCUGGAUGAGCAUGCCAAUGUAUGAAGCUGAUUUUGGUUGGGGAAAACCUGUAUACUUUGGCCUAGCAUAUGUUCCCCCUCAUGACAGGGCGGUGACUCUUCUGAGCCCAUAUGGGGACGGCUCUGUUACUGUGUUAAUGUUCUUCCAGAUCGCACACAUGAAACUUUUCAAGGAAUUUUUCUACGCGGAUAUAUCAACUUGUUACGGCGGAAUUCUACUAUCGGCUAGGCUAUGAAAAUUUCAUACUCAACAUCACCACAAUUGUCUUAAGCUUCUUGUGUGUAUGUUUUUUACGUGUGUUUCUGCAAUUUCAUGUGUUCAAUAAAUUUAUUUAACCAUGUAGAAAUAAAACCUAAGAGAUUGAAAUUC